CCUCUUCGGAGCUCAGCCUGCGGUUCAGAGCACCUGCGGACCCAGCCUUAGGUCGCACCAGGAUGUCGGACACCGAAGAGCAGGAAUAUGAGGAGGAGCAGGCGGAAGAGGAGGAGGCCGCGGAGGAGGAGGAAGCCCCCGAGGAGCCCGAGCCGGUGGCAGAGCGAGAAGAAGAGCGCCCCAAACCAAGUCGUCCUGUGGUCCCUCCUUUGAUCCCCCCGAAGAUUCCGGAAGGGGAGCGUGUGGACUUCGAUGACAUCCACCGGAAGCGCAUGGAGAAAGAUCUGCUGGAGCUGCAGACGCUCAUCGACGUGCAUUUUGAGCAGCGGAAGAAAGAAGAAGAGGAACUCAUUGCGCUGAAAGAGCGCAUUGAGCGGCGCCGGGCGGAGAGAGCUGAGCAGCAGCGCUUCAGAACCGAGAAGGAGCGGGAGCGGCAGGCCAAGCUGGCGGAGGAGAAGAUGCGGAAGGAAGAGGAAGAGGCCAAGAAGAGAGCGGAGGACGAUGCCAAGAAGAAGAAGGUUCUGUCCAACAUGGGGGCCCACUUUGGGGGCUACCUGGUCAAGGCAGAACAGAAGCGUGGGAAGCGGCAGACCGGGCGGGAGAUGAAACUGCGCAUCCUGUCUGAGCGGAAGAAGCCUCUGGAAAUCGACUACCUGGGGGAGGACCAGCUCCGGGAGAAGGCCCAGGAGCUGUCGAACUGGAUCCACCAGCUGGAGUCCGAGAAGUUCGACCUGAUGGAGAAGCUGAAGCAGCAGAAAUACGAGAUCAACGUGCUGUACAACCGCAUCAGCCACGCCCAGAAGUUCCGGAAGGGCGCAGGGAAGGGCCGAGUUGGAGGCCGCUGGAAGUGAGGAGCGCGGACGGCGCCCACCUGGAGGUUCCGGGAGCGCUGGAGGGUCCGUCCCAUCCGUAGCUGAAAUAAAGGCUCCCCUGAGGCACCUGCUCAGUG